AUGGCGCGCAAGAAGAAGAGCGCGCAGGCUGAUGCGGCGCCCAACGGCAGCGCCUCGUCGACGCCGCCGCCCACUGCCAACGGCGCAGCAACCGCGAAGAAGCCGGCCGGCGAGCCCUCGACGUCUGCCCUCAUCAUCUGCCGCAACAAGCAUUGGCGCUACAUCUCUUCGUUCCACGGCCCCUGGCUCCAGCUGCCCCCGGAGGUCCUCGAGUCCCUCGCCCACAGCAACUACCUCUCCCCGCGCCCCCACCCGAUUGACCCCGCCGUCUUCUACGACCUCGUCAAGAUCCGCAAGGCCGUCGACGAGGCGACCAACCUGGCUGUGCGCGCCACGUCGGGCUUGACGUCGGCCGCCCUCAGCAACAGCCUCAAUGGGAACAAUAGCAUGCUGGGCAAUGCCGCCGCGCUGGGGAUAGGCUAUGGGGGAGGGGGGACCUCGAAGCUGAGUAGGGAGCGGAAGCACCGCAUGCGCGAGCUAGCGACGAGCAAGCUGAGUCAGGCAUAUCAUUUGGACGAGAUCGCGGCCAGUGUAGCUACCAUGCAGAGCGCAAGCACGCUGGAAGACGUCGCGCAUCUGGUGCUGCAGCGCGAGCCCAACAACGUCGACGCCAAGUACGUCCACUUCUUCCACGAGAAGAUUCCCAGCCGCAUGAUGGCGCAGUGUACACCUUUGCAUACUUUGAAUGAAAUCAUCAGCGAGCGACCCAACGACGGGAGCCCCCUUCGAACGCGCGCAUUGACAAGAAUCUUCAAGGAGGACUAUGUGAACUCGGCCAAGGACCUGAGUGAGGCCUUGAGCACGGCGCGGUACAUGAUGGCACAGCACCGCGCAGGCAACGAUCAGCUGGUGCUGGCAAAGACGCUCCAGGAGCAGUACGGGAGGGAUUGGCGGCAGGAAGUCAAGAUCCCCGACGAAGACCACCCCAAUUCGCUCGAGACACAGCUGCUGUUCCAUCGCGCGGGCGUAUACUUCACUAUAGCAUGCGGCCACGUCAAUGCUGCCCUUGACGGCCUACAGGCAGCCGAAGAGGCAAAGGCACGGCGCGACGCCCAAAUCGCUGAAGGUAAGGAACCAGAUCCGAUAACACCAGAAGAAGCGCACAGCAAUCACCUUCGCCUCGAAGCCCGCAAGCAGGUCCGCCAGAACGCCAAACGCGCACUCCGAGACUAUGUUGCCUUCCUCUCACACUUCGACUACACGCCCGGUAUCUCCGCUGAGCUCGCCGAAGAGUUCUUACGCAGACUGGGCCACUCGGCGAACGGCAGCCCCAACGGCUAUUCGAACGAUAAGAUCAAGCCGAACAUGAACCGCCUCAUCGAGCAGACAAACGGCGCCUCAUCACCCAUCUCCGAAGCCCUCGUUCCUCACCGCGGCCCGACCAAAUCCUCCUCUGACCGCGCAUCGUGGCCCAAACUUCCUCCACCGGAGAUCUUCAAGGUCUCCCAGCUCUUCGAUGCUGCCCCUCCCGCCUCUCUACCCCCGUAUCCACCGCCUCGCAACUCGUCCGAGUCCGCAGCCUCAGCAGCAGCCACCGCCUUCGCAGACAGCCACGAGAGUAUAACAUACCACCCCCUCAUUACAGAUGCCCUGCAUAGUCUACUCCUCUGCCAUGCGCUUAUACAAACACCACCCAAAGAACACCUCCGCCACGCCCACAAUGCCGCCCGCCUCGCCCGCGUAUGCGACGGCUACCCCAUCUUCCUCGCCGCACGAUCCCCCGCACGCGCAGACUGGAUCGAAGUCCUCCGCAGAGCCGGGAACUGGAUUGGCCUGUCAACAUCCUGGGAGAACCUCUGUCGACCUGCUCCCCUACCUGGCCACGGAGGCGGCAAGAAUGGCUCCACCGACGUAGCAGGAAAGAACGGCAUGAACGGCUCCGGUGGCGGCGAAACAGAAGCCCAACGUCGCGAACGCCAGAAACACGAAGCUAUCCUCGAAGCCCUAGCCGACGAACGCGUCGUUGACGAAGAGAGUUUCCAACGUGCAGUUCGCGCGCGCGAACGCCGGAACAGAGAAGACGAGGAGGCUGAGAAGAAGAGGCAGCAGUCUCCUCCUAGCGACGCAGAGCCACAACCCACCCCACCCAAGCGCUGGGCGCAAGACGACGGUCGCGAGUAUCCGAUCAGUACGGAACGAGCGGAAGCCAUAUCGCGCUGGGUCAGGGAUGCGCCGCCAGUGGGCGAGACCAGCGGUGCGAAAAGCAAGAAGAGAACAAAGGGCAAAGGGAAGAAGCCUUCUUUGAGGGCGGGCGGAACAGGCCUGAGUCUUGCGGAGAGCGUCGAGACGACGAGCGUCCAAGACGAGGAGAUUGAUGACUAG